AUGUUGAAAGCAAGGUUAUUAUCCAGAAAGUCUCGAUUUGAUGACACUGAGGAAGAGAUUGAGGAAAAUAGCCACUCGCAAGGCACCAAAGACAACCCAGCAACCACCUGCAGAGAACUCUGUCUCAUCCAGCCUCACCUCAGAGAUGGGCACUACUAUGUUGAUCCAAACCACGGAUGUCCAUUUGAUGCUCUCCAUGUGUUCUGUAAUUUUACUGCUUGUGGUCUAACCUGUGUGUCUCCUGUCCGGUCUAAAUUUGAGUACACAGAUCUCGAUGUUGUCCAACUGCGAUUCCUACGGUUACACAGUACCUCUGCCACACAAAGCAUCACCCUGACAUGUUCUAAAAAACACAGCCCCACUGCUAAACACCAGGAUACCACUAAGAGAAUGUUACGCUUAUGGGGAGACUCCAAUGAAGAAAUCCAUCCAUCCCAUGUUCUCAUAUCACAACAUGGUUGUGAGGUUCGAAGCAAUCUGUAAUUAGUGUAGGACACUUGACAACAGCUUUUCUAAAUGAGAAGUUUGCAAAAAAUGGCACAUCCAAACCCUGUAACUAAAGUAAAACUAUUCCAUAACAGGAGGUCACCAGGUAU